GACAGAAAGCGAGAAAAGAAAGAGGGAGUAGGGCACAGAAGAGAAGAGAGUGAGAGAGUGAGGCAGCGAGGGAGGUGUUACACAGUCACAUGCACACAUUCCCUCACAGGCACUAAGAGAGAGAGAGUUCAGUGUGAGGUGUUUUAUUCUGCUGUAGCUGCUGGAGGGAAGAAGGGAAUAAAACAGAGUUUAAAGAACAGAGGAGUGUAGGCUAUGUUUAGAGCACAGUUCUGACAGAUGUUUUGGUCAGUGUAAGAGGGACUGGAGAUUGAGGAAGAGAUUAGGUCACUCCCCCUGUGCUGGACCGCCAGCUGUCCAGCUGCAUGGAUGCUGGACACAGGGGAGGUGAAGGAGAAGUGAAGGAGAAGUGAAGGAGAGGUAAAGAAAAGAAGAGCGUAAGGAUGGCACACAUGUGGCAGGAUUUGUCUACCAAGAGGAAGAAGUCUGGAGCAUCUCUCAACUUGGUGGCUGGGGUUUCACAACACCUGCGGGAUGAGCAAGAGGCUGUGCAAAAGCGAACUUUUACAAAGUGGAUCAACUCCCAUUUGGCAAAGAGGGAUCCUCCGCUGGUGGUGAAGGAUCUGUAUGAGGACAUUAAGGAUGGAGUGAUGCUGCUGGCUCUGCUGGAAGUGCUGUCUGGACACAAGCUGCCAUGUGAACAGGGCCGUAAGCUGAGGAGAAUCCACUGGCUUGCCAACGUGGGAACGGCUCUGCGCUUCCUGGAGGGCAGGAGGUCUGUGUAUAGAGGAUCUCCGAUUAAACUGGUUAACAUCAACACUACAGACGUUGUGGAUGGCAGACCCUCUAUUGUGCUUGGCUUGAUAUGGACCAUCAUAUUAUAUUUUCAGAUAGAGGAACUCACCAGCAGUUUACCACCUCAGAAAGGCCAGAAUAGCAGCAACUCCUCAGUGGACAGCUCCAAUAGCACAGAGACAGCCAGCCCACCCGUCAAACGCAAGCCCCGCCUCUCCUUCCAGGGUGGGGCCAAGAGAGCUCUGCUCAAAUGGGUUCAACGAACAGCUACUAAGAGACUGGGACUGGAUGUGAAGGAUUUUGGUCCCAGCUGGCGCUCUGGCGUGGCGUUCCAUGCCGUCAUCUUCGCUCUGCGGCCACAACUGGUCAACAUGGAGCGCGUGUGGAACAGACCAAACAGAGCCAACCUGGAGGAGGCCUUCUCCCUGGCAGAGAGAGAGCUGGGAAUACCACGCCUACUGGACCCUGAAGAUGUGGAUGUUGAUAAGCCAGAUGAAAAGUCCAUCAUGACAUAUGUGGCUCAGUUCCUCAAGCACCAUCCUGAUGGCGGGGAAGCAGAGUCAGUUGGCCAGCAAGAGGAGAGAGAGCAGCGUAAGGUUCUGAGGGAGCUGAAGGUCUGGGCUGAUCAGCUGGAGAAAGACUGUGCUCAGGCUCAGAUGGACAAAGGAGACCCUGGUCAUCAGUACAAGUCCUUUAAGCAGUACCGUGUUCAGUAUGAGCUGAAGAGACGACAGGUGCUGUCCAGUCUUCAGUCCACUCAGAGGGAUGGUAUUCUUACCUCAGAUCAGGCACUGUUUAAACAGGCCUGGGAGAGAAUAUCUACUAGGCUCCUGGACUGGCACAUACAGUUGGACAGUGCUUUGCCAAACCCACUGGGUGCAGUGGGAAUCUGGCUGCAUCAGGCUGAGAAAAUUCUCCAAGAGGAGCCGCUUCCCCAGCAAAGCCACGAGCAGACCGCUAAUGCCAUCCACCAAACACUGCAGCAGCAUCAGGAGAUCCUGGGGCUCUUUGAAACACACCAGCAGACUUUCCAGCAGCUCCACAGAGACAGAAGUGUCAGUGGUGUUCCUGUACCAGCAGAGCAGCUCCAGGACAUGGCAGAGAGAUUAAACUACAUAUCUACCUCCUCGCAUGUUCAUUUGAGCAAACUGGAAUUCUGGGAGCUCAAGUACCGUAUGCUGGCUCUCCUGACACUGGGGGAAUCCAAGCUGAAAUCCUGGAUAGUCAAAUACGGCCGACUGGAGACCACACAGCUUCUGCUGCAGAGCUACGUGUCCUUUGUUGAAGGCCAGCAGUUCUUUCAGAAGUAUGAGUCCCUCUAUGAAGACCUGAAGCAGGCUGCUGUGCUUUACACAAAUGCAGACAGCUCCGCUGAAGAAGCUGUGAGGAGGUUUCUGAGGGACAUGGCUGAUCAGUGGAGGAGUCUGGCGGUGGAGAUCCGCAGUGUGAGGUCCAUGCUGAAGGAGGUGGAGGGGAACUGGGAGAAAUACAGCAGUGCUGUGUCCUCUCUACAGGCCUGGCUGGAGGAUGCUCAGGUUGCAUUGCACCAGCCUGAAAACACCAAACGAGAGUUCUUCAGGAAUCUUCCACACUGGAUGGAUCAACACACAACCAUGAACGAUUCAGGAAACUUCCUCAUAGAGACGUGUGAUGAGACUGUGUCCCGCGAUCUAAAGCACCAGCUGCUGCUCCUUAAUGGAAGAUGGAGAGACAUGUUCAUUAAAGCCAAACAGUAUGCUUGUAUGCAUGAGACUCAGAUUCAGACAGAGAAGGAGCAGCAGGAGGCCAUCGCUGCUCUCAAAGACUUCAUACAGACUUCUACAGCCAAACUUACCUCACCUGUCCAGCUGUCACUACCGGAUGUGGGAAGCUUUGUAGAGGAUGUUGAGGCCAUCAUUCACAGACUUCCAGCAGUGGAGGUCCAGUAUAAGACAGCUGCCCGCUCUGCUCAGCUCCGGGCCAGAGACACGGUCAAUGGAGAUCGAAGACAAACAUUGACUACAAUGGCAUCUAUUAAAGGACAGCUCUACAAGAUGAAGGAGAAAUGUCCAGUGGUUCUAAGAGAGUGUCAGACUGUGAUUCCUUUGCUGGAGGAACUGGAGAGACAAAUCUCAGCCUUCUAUCAGACUGCAGAGCGUGCCGGCCACAUCAUCACACAGCAGCACGACCAGCACAAGAACCGGGAGUUGCUGUCUCAGCAGCAGAGCUGUCAGCGGUGUGUGUGUGUAGUAGAGCGUAGUUACCUGGCACUUCAGAGGGCGCUGUGCUGCACUAAGACUCUCUACAACUUCGACCCGUCUCUGCUGCAGAACAGAGUAACCGAGCUUCAGACCACAGCUCAGGUGCUGAUGCAGGAAGCUCUGGAGUGGAGGAGAGUUGCUGAGACCAAUGGUAACCUGACCCGGCGCUUUGAGGAGUCCCGAGCUGAGCUGGAAAAGGCCCUGCGGGUGGGGCAGGCAUGUCUGAAGGAGAGAGGAGACCCAGCUGAACUCUUAAGCAAACAUAACGAUUUUUUCGGAAGGCUGGACCAGCGAGUCUUAAAUGCAUACCUGAAGGCAUGUGAUGAUCUGACAGAUAUCUUGCCAGAAGAGGAACAGCAGGGUCUGCAGGAGUCAGUUAGGAGACUGCACAAACAGUGGAAGGAUAUCCAGGCUGAAGCACCAGCGCACCUGUUGAGGCUGAAGGUGGAGGCGGAGCGCCGCAUUGUGCUGGCAUCACUGCAGGAGUGUAGGAUAGAGCUGCAGAAAGAAGAUAAGGCCAUUGCCACAUCUGGCAGCGAGAGAGUAAUCAGAGAGCACAGGGUCUAUUUCAGACAGAAAGACCCCCUCGCUGUAUGUGAGAGGAGACUGAAGACCAUGGAACAGCUGUGCCAGAAACUUCCAGAAAAUGACCCAAUGCAAAGAGCUCUACUGGAGACCAAAGAUCACCUGUUAGAGGUCAGAGAUGAAGUGGAAAGAACUUAUGUGAGAUUCCAGCAGCAUCCAGACAAGUGGAGGGAGUGGCAUGCAAGGUUUAAGGAGCUCUCUGGCUGGCUCUCGUCCCAGCAGGACAAGCAGAGGAGUGGAGAGUGCUGCACUGUGCAGCAUGGUGUGCUGAAGGGUCACGUGGACGCUUUGGACUGGCUGAAAACUCGGCUGUCUGUACUGGAGGAUGUGAGCACUGAAGCUGAGGUUCUCACUCAGACAACAGCUCUGGAAGAUCUCUCUAUUCAGUUCAACUUUCAUGUCUCCUCUCUGGAAGAAGACAUGUCUGUAAACGGCCACAGUGAGAGCGGGCAGGAGGAGCUGCAGCAGGAGGAGGGGCUGCCGCAGCCGCAGGAGCACAGCAGAAUCCUAAAUGCAGAGAGUGCAGCAGAGGCCAGACAGCUGCUCCUCAUUCACCAGCAGAGGCUGAAAUCUCAGCAGAGGAAAAAGCACGCUGAGCCGCAGGGCCUCUGCACUCGUUCUUAUGGUGCACUGAUGGACAGGGAGGAGGAGCACAGCUGGGCAACUCAGGAGGAACUUUUGCAGAGCAUUGUGCGUGCAUGGCAGGACUUUGAGCAGGACAGAGAGGCAGUGGGGCAGUUUGUUUGCAGUGCCACCCCUAUCCUGCAGAGAGAGCGCAUCUUCAGCAGCCUGGAAAAUCUCACUACUGAACUUGAUCAUGCUCAGGAGCUUCACAGGAAGACAGGUGUGAUCACAGAGCAGGCCAAGUCGCUAGUGAAAAAAGCAGCUGAGAUCCAACUGGGCGCCCAGAAUCAUUCUCUUCUGCAUGACCAGGCUCAGGCUGCUCAAGAGCGAGUACAAGAGAUACACAUCAGCCUGGAGAAAAUGAUAAUGGGUCUUGAGAAGAUGCAGGUGAGAUGGCAGAAUUUUAACAGUGAGUCAGAAGCUUUCUCCUCCUGGGUGUGUGAGAGAGAGAAGGAGCUGGAGGCUCUGGACCUGAACUCUGCUCACUUGGAUCAGCAGCUUCAGACUGUGGAGGCAAUGGAAGCAGGUCUAGAGGAGAGAAUGAAGGUCCUGAGCCAGCUGGAGUCUGAGUCUCAUGCUUUGGCUCGUUUCAUCACACCAGGGGGGGCGGAGCGCAUUAAAGCUCGAUUAAUACAGAUUGGCAGGUACUGGGAGGAGCUUAGGAGCAACGUCAAGCAGCGAGGGAUGGAGCUUCAGGCCAGUGUUUUACAUAAAGUGAAGUUAAAUGAAGAUCUAGAGGAGGUAAUAAAUGCAGUGAAAGCGCUUGAGGACAAGUUGAACAAGCCAAUUGCAUCCUGCUUCUCAUCUUCAGCAACAUACCAAACUCUGCAUGAUCAUAUGGAUGUCUGGCAAGCUCUGAAGCAGCUGCAGCCCAGGCUGGUGUCACUGAGCCUGGGCUUGAGAAGGCUUUGUGAUGGGGGUCAGGUGGAGAAAGCGGUGGCAGACCUCCAGCAUGCACAUACAGAGUGCACACAGAAAGCUGCCAGCAAGCAAGCCAUGUUGGAAGAUCUGCUUUCUCUGUGGCAGAAAUAUGAAAGAGAUCUCUCAGUUCUUCAGGGCUGGCUGGACAGGUGUGAGUUUCUCUGUACCUCUGAAAAGCUAUACCUGACCACGGAUAAGUCCAAGCUUCAAAGUCAGCUUCAGAUGCUGCAGGACCUGCAGUCUGAGGUACCCUCUCAGGAGUCUUUGUUGGAGAAGCUGGAGAACCAGGCGGAGUCUCUGUACCCCACGGCCUCAGAGGAACGAGUGGGAGAACUCACAGAGCUCCACUGCAGCCUGGAGGAAAGAUGGUGCUCUCUCAGUACAAACAUCCCUCUCAGGAUUCAAGAACUUCAGGCCCAUCUUGCUCAGCUGGAGCAGUUUAAUCAGGCACUGGUAACCUUCACUCUGUGGAGUGAAAACUUCCUUGGGGAGCUGAGAAGAAAAUCUAAAGUGACCAUUUCUGAUUUGAUAUCCGUUAAAACCCAAAUCAAGGAGGAUGAGGCUCUUCUCCAAACCCAGAGGGAGGCAAUAGAUGGGCUGCAGCAGCACAUGGAUGCUCUUGGUCCCUCUUUAUCUCCUGAGGACCUCCAGCGGCUGCAGGUCAGGAAGGAGGACUGUCUGCAGCCUGUCUGUGAGGCUCAGAGUCUGCUGCAGCGCCGGAGUGAAGCCCUGGGUAAACUUGAGACUUUCCUGGUGACCUACAGAUCAGCCACCAACUCAGUACAGACCCACCAGGGGGCUGUUGAAGGCAGAGGCAGUUGGGACCAGGCCAAGGCUGAGCAGCUCAACCAGGAUCUUGGACAGCUGGCCCAGAAGUUAGCCUCUCUGGAGGUGCAGGCUAUAAGUUUGGACAGCAGCCUAAACAAAGCAUCUCUGCACCUGCACAGGGCCGAGGGAGAGAGAACGUCCUGUCGGCGGCUGGUGGACGAGCAGGGAUCAGGCCUGCAGAGGCUCCAGAGGAGCCUGGGGACGAGGCAGAGCGAGGCAGAGACACUGGCAGGUCUGUGGAACUCCUUUAGGGGGAGAAAAGAGCUGCUGCUGAGGAGUCUCAUGGAGCUGGAGGAGAAAGUCAGGAAGACGUGGCUUACAGAACCCAGCACACAGAACUUUCAGCAGAGGCUGUGGAUGCUGGACCAGCUAGAGGAGGAGCUCCAGGCCUUGCAGCACAGUCAGCUCUGGUUAGGGGAGAGAGGAGAGCAGCUUUCCCACAGAGACAGUGAGAUGAGUGAGGAGGUCCAGCAGGAUGUAACCCUGGUUCAGUCCACCUGGGAGAGGAUACAGAGACUCAUCACUGAGGAGCAGGAGCAGUGUGCAGUCUUGCUGGACGUCUGUAAAGAUUACUUUACUCUAAAGUCCAGAAUUACCUCUGCUGUUGAGAGAGCUCACGCUGUCACUGCAGCACAGUCCGGCCAACACAACCCUGAGGACAUUCGGAGGGCCUUGUCCCGGCUGGAGGCAGUGAAGCCGGAGUUGGCAGGCACACAGGAGGAACUGAAUCUGUUCAUCAGUAAAGGCAAACACCUCAUCAGUGAGCUGAGGAAGCUUCCAGAACACACAGGAGAGAGUGUCCGCACAGAGAUGGACUGUAUCGUGGACCGCUGGCUGGAUACAUCUGAGCGCUUGGAUUCGGACAUCGAUCACCUCACAGUUUUUCUUGCGUUAUGGAAUGAGAUUAACUCCAUCGCCAACGACAUCGAGUGCUGGACUGCGACCUCUGUUAGUGAGCUCAGCGAGGGAGCCGUCAACCUCUUAUCCAGCUCUAAUGUGGACGAGCAACUUGCACAGUUUAAGCUGGAGCUGGAGAGUAAGGAGGAGGUACUGAAGGUCCUGCAGAGAAAAGUGACUGAACUGCAAGAGGUGACAAAGACCCAACAAACCCCUGCAGAGCUCCAGACAAUGGAAGCAGAUCUGAGAAAGAAGAUUAUACAUGCCGGAGAGGUUUAUGAGCAGACCAGAUCUAUUGUGAAGGACUUUGGCGUCCAGAGGCAGCAGCUCCAGGACAUCAUUUCCCAGUUGGCUGAGCAGUUGGAAACCAUUGAGGACACUUUGUCUGAGCUGUCUCAAUCAUCUGAUCCAGAAAAUGUGGCCAAGAUAAAGGACCUCCAAAGUACUCUGAAGCAGGUGGAUGGUGGUUUAGAUGUGGCAGGAGAGACUCUUCGAACUCUCUGCAGAGCUCAUCCAGCUCAGCAGCUUACUCAGCAUGGAGAAGAGAUUACUGACCUGGUAAAGAGAAGUGAAGCCGCAGUCCAGCGUUCCACCUGCAUUCUUGGAAAGCUACAGGAAGUGCUUCUCCAGCAUUUUAAUGAACUCGCACAGGGUUUCCACCACUGGCUCUCGGAGCUGAGGGCAGGAACAGAGGACGGCCCUGAGCAGACAGGAGAGGUUCCUGACAUUACAGCUCAGCUGCACAGGCUCAAGAUUACGUUGGAGCGUGCAGGAGAGGGUGAGAAGUAUAUGGCCAGACUGAAUGAAGACGGAGAAAGGCUUUUGUCACUCCUUACCAAAACUGGAGCUGGAGGGGUGCAAGAACGUCUAGCCUCAAGUCAGCUGGCAUUAGAUGGGUUUGUGGUGGCAUGCAGACAGAGACUGCGCUCUAUUGAGGAGAGUGCUGCGCUCCAAGACGGGUUUGAGGUCCGUGUGGAUGAGUUGAGAGCCUGGCUGCAGCAGAUUGCGGCGAAGCUGCAGGGAGAACCUGCUCUUUGGGGAGAAAGCAAGCAAGGAUCCUCUGACUGCUCUGCACAGCUGGAGAGAAUGGAGGAGCUUCACAAAGAGCUGCUGAUGAGGAGGCCAUCUCUGGAGCGUUCAUGCCAGGCCUUUCUGACCCUGUCUGAUGGUCGAGCUGGAGACCCUGAGGCCUCUCAAACCAUGGAGCUGCUUUCCUCCCAUCAGGCACUGGUGCAGGAAGCCUGGGUGCGGCUCCGCGGCCUGCAGGAAUACCAGGCCUUCAAUGAGGCACUCAGAGCCAUGGGGGACUGGCUGGAGGAAGUGGAAGAAAAGCUGGAGAAGCUAGAGAGUACAGAGGGGGACAAAAAAGAGGUGGAGGAGAGACUGGAGAGAGUGCAGGAUAUCCUGUUGAUGAAGGGUGAGGGCGAGGUGAAACUCAACAUGGCUGCCGGGAAGGGGGAACUGGUCAUCAAGAGCAGCGGGGAAGCUGGACAGGAUGUGAUCCAUUUUAAACUGCAGGAAGUAGAGGAUGCCUGGGCGGCACUGCUUUUGAGGGCCAUGAGUUGCCACAGCCGUUUGGAGUGGACCGUGAGCCAGUGGGGCCUGUUUGUGGAGUCCCGUGCACAGCUGCAGGGCUGGCUGGAGCAGGUGGAGGCGGAAGUGAAAGGCCCACUGGAGCCUCAGCUGGGUCUGAGGGAGAAGAGGCAGCAGCUGGACCGUCUGUGCUUACUCUCGGCUGAUGUGGAAGACCAUCAGGGGGCGCUGUGCUAUUUGGAGGAGAGUGCGGCUGAGCUGUACAAGCGCACUGGAGAUGCUACCUUUAGGGAGGAUGAGACGGCUCUCCUCAGGGCUCAGUUUGACGAUGUCCGAGCUGCCACAGAGGAGAGGGUCAGAUUUUCAGAAUGUGUUGUUUUUGAACAUGAGAAGUAUAUGGAGACAGUGAGAGAGCUCACUGAUUGGCUGCUGUCCAAAGGGGAGGAUCUCCAGCGCUGUUCCGAUCCAUCUGGUAACUCUGCGUCCAUUCAGCGGAAGCUCACAGACGUUCGGGAUCUGUUGGCUCAGUGUGUGUGUGAGGGUCGUGAGCGGUUGAGGCGCGUGCGGCUGAGCUGUGACCGGGCCGGCCGGCUGACGGCGGCUGCGGGCUGUGAGCUGAUGGACGCGGAGGUGCAGGCUCUGUCCCGCGCGCUGCAGCAGUGGGAGGGACGGGCGCUCAACACGCGCGAUGCGCUCGAGACCGCGGUGGCUGCGGCGACCGGAGCCGAGAGGGAGCGCGAGCGCCUCACCGAGCAGCUGGAGGGAGAGAUGGAGCGACUGGAGGAGCGGCUGAAGGAGUGGAGCGAGGGACUAAGUCGCUCAGAGAGGAGGAACAGCGGAACAGCCGCAGUGGAGGGAUGGACACUGGCGAAGGGUGUUCUGGAAGGCCUGCAAGCGGCUGAAGUAAUGGAGGAGAAGCUGAAGGCUCGGCUCAAUGAGCUGUGUGGAUUCUCUACUGAUCUGGGCCCUCAAUCAGAGCGUGUCAGUGCUCUUAUCAAACUACACAACAGUCUCAGUCUGCGGGCCUCCAGAGAAUGUCAAAACAAGGAGAAGCUCCUGGAGCAGCGUUUCCGCUCCUCGCUGCGGGACUUCCGUCAGUGGCUGGUCAACGCCAACAUCUCCACCGCCAAGUGCUUCGACUCACCACACAGCAUUCAGGAGGCCUCCGCCGCCCUCCAGAGGAUUCAGGAGUUCAUGAGUGACAGGGAGCAGGGCCAGGCCAGAUUAGACGCAGUACUGGCCCACGGGGAGCAGCUCAGCGCCGUGGUGCAGGCUGACCGGGUGGAGGCGGUCAGGGCCAAGACCAGUGCUGCCAGCGAUGACUGGAGGAGCCUGAUGGACAACCUGCAGCAGAGAGAGGCCAUACUACAGGGUCUGCAGUCUCGCAUGCAGGCGUUUGAGGAAAGCCUGCAGCCUCUUCAGGACUGGUUAAACAGAACAGAGAUCACAGUGCAAGAUAGCAGCACUCGCCUACAUGACCUUCCUGCCAAGAGACUGGAGCUGUGCAAACUACAGUCCGUGCUGGAGGAGAUGUGCUGUAGGGAGCCAGAGCUGGGAGGGCUGAGGGAGAGAGCUCAUAGCCUGUGGGAGGGUCAGGCUGCUGGGAAGGGAUUUGUGCACCGGGUCUGCCAGCUAGCAGCACGCUACCUGGCCCUCAGCAACCGGACUAAGGAGAAAGUGUCAAGGAUAGAGCGUGUAGUGGGGGAACACCAGCUCUUCUCCCAGGGUUUACAGGAGCUUCAGAGCUGGGUUUCAGAGGCACAGAAGAUCCUUGAGACAUGCCGGUCCACCACAGCCGAUAAGAGCAUGCUGGUCACCAGAAUGGGCCAUCUGGAGGAUCUGUUAACGGCUCGUCAGGAGAGAGAGAUUCAGCUGAAGAUGCUCAUCACCAGAGGAGAAGCGGUCCAGAGGAACACGUCUGCGGAGGGAGUACCUGUGGUGCGCAAACAGAUUCAGGACCUUAAAGAUUCUUGGGAUUUACUCUUCUCAGGAACCAUUCAGUGCAAAAGCCAGUUGGAAGGUGCCUUGUCCCACUGGACCAGCUAUCAGGAAGACGUGAGCCAGUUUGAGGGCUGGUUGGAGCGAGUGGAGGAGAGUUUGGGGAGCUCAGAUAAACACUACACCGAGAUGAGGGACAAAACUGCCAACUUGCGAAAGGCUAAGCUGCUUUAUGAGGAAGUAUUGAGUCGCUCCAGCCCUCUGGACACAAUCGCCACAAAGGGCUCCAACAUGACGGAGCACUCAGCCACCCAACAGGAAGUACACAAACUCAAUGAGCGAUAUGAAGCCGUCAAGGCCAAAGCCAAGGCUGCAGUCAGCAAGGCAGAAGAGCUGGUAUUGGUCCACCAGGAAUACCAGCGGGGACUCCACAUGUUUGAGGACUGGCUGGAACAAGAGCAAAGCAGUCUGGCUCUUCUUUCUCCUCUAGAUGGAGAUGUGGACACUCUGGAGAAGACUCUGAAAGAGUUGGAAACGCUGCAGUCAAGUUGUUCACAAGGUCUAACCCUACUGAAGUCUGCGCUGGCCAGUCGUGAGCAGGUCGUGCCCUGGGGCGUCCCGCAGAUUGAGGAGCGGGCUCUGGAGACCGCACAGAGAGAGUGGCAGGAGUAUCAGGAGAGGAUGAGGGACACAAAGACCCAGGUAGAGCAGACCCUCAGCAGACUCCAGCAGCUAGAGAGCUGCUACCAGAGCUUGGACCAGUGGGUGGAAGACAUUGAGCGCAAAGUGAGGCUGAGGAGCCACAGGCGCUCAGAUUCCACUACAAAGGACACACAGCUGCAGCAGCUGCUGCAAUGGCAGAUGGAAGCUGGACAGAAGCAGUCAGAGAUGGAGGGUCUCAGUGCUCUAGCACAGCAAAUUGUGGAGGACGCCCAUGUCAGCGCCAGGGUCAGCACCAGGGUCACUCAGCUGACUGCACGCUACCAUGCAGUGCUACUGCGCAUACAGGAGACUGUCAAACAGCUCCAAGAGGAAAUCAUGAGCAUUGCGGAGGCUCAGAGCACCCUCAGGACCUUCUCUGUGUGGCAGAGCGUAGCAGCAGCGGAGUUUAGAACCGUCAGCGAAAGCAAGGAAGCCCUGGACCGUACCACAAUGGAGAAAAAGAUGAAGCGGUUGGAGACUCUACAGGGAGACAUGGAUCAUGGCCACCGUCUACUGAAGACACUACGCGAGAAGGUUGAGCAAGCCAUCUCGUUUCUAGAUGACAGCAGUGCCUCUAAGCUGGAGAGAGAGGUGCAGGCUGGCCGAUCUCAUCUGGAGGAGCUGAUCCUGGGUCUAAGAGCUGAGCACAGUACCACAGAGAGACGCAUCCUGCUGUAUAAAGAGUUCCAGGAACGAUACAAGACCCAACAGCAGUGGCUGAGCCAGACUAGAGCUCUGCUCAGCUCGUCUGUGGAACCCAAAGCUGAACUCUACCAGAGAAGAGCGCAGCUCGCUAAAUACAAGGCUGUGGAGCAGGCUCUGUUGUCUCGUAAUUCUGCAGUAAGCUCAGUGCUAGAGAAAGGAGAAACGCUGCUGUCUCUCCUGCACUCUCCCUCAAUAAAAGAGAACAUGGACAGACUGCAGACCGACUACAAGGGGCUGCGCACAGCUGCCAGGGCUCAGGUACAGAAGUUGGAGGGGCACGUGAAGAAGCAGGAAGCUUAUCACACUGAGCUGCAGGAAGUUGAGCGAUGGCUACUGCAGAUGUCCAGCAGGAUGGUGACACCAGACCCUGCUCCAGACGGGGGGCUAGAAGCAGCCACUCAGCAAUUGGCCAGACACAAGGCCAUCAUGGAGGAGAUCGCAGGCUUUGAGGAGCGUCUGGCGGGGCUGAAGGAGAGAGGAGAGGAGCUGGUGUCUGGCUGCAGUGAGCGCCUCCAGGCUCGCCUUCGCCAGCAGACUCAAAGCCACCUGCAGGGAGCUCGAGACAGCUACUCCGCCAUCUGCAGCACAGCACAGCGCGUGUAUCAGAGUCUGGAUCGGGAGCUGCAGAGGCAUGUUAGUCUGCGAGAUACGCUGCAGCAGUGUCAGACUUGGCUUUCCAACAUACAGGAGGAAUUACAGCCCCCUGUGCACACGCCACACUGCCUGGAGGAGGUGCUGAUACAGGUGAAGCAGGAGCGAACUCUGCAGGAGCAGGCCAGUACUUACCUGCAGCUGGUGUGUUCCACUUGUGACCUGUCUGAUGAAAAGGUCAGAGAGACAGCUGCUGAUAUCCAGCAGGUUAAAAUCCAGGUUGAAGAAAGGAUGCUGGAAUCUCAAGAGUUGGCAGAGAACUGGAGGACAAUCGAAAGUCUGCGCUCUGAUCUGGAAUCUCGCCUCAGAGAGGCUGAGCAGCUCCUUCAGAACAUGUUUAGGAGAUCAGCAGAACUAGAGCCAAAGGUUGCUCAGAAUCAACUGGACCAGGCCCAGGAUUUUAUCCAGGAGAUGCAGGCGAGACAGGCUGAUCUUGCCCAUCUGAGAGAGAGUGUUGUUAAGCUGGUGACCAGUCAGGAGUCCCCCGAGCUGCUGGAAGUGGGUCGUCUGCGUCGGGCUUGGCUGGAGCUGGGAAAGCAGGCUGCGAAGCUUUUAGAGCAGAGAGAGGAGGAUCUCCAGAGAAGUGGAGAUUAUCAUGAGUGCCUCAGUACAGCAGAGGAGCUGUUCGACCAAUUGUCCAGUGAAUGGGAUUACCUGACCAGGGGAGACGCAGAAAAGAACACUGUGGAGUAUUUGGAUGCCUUAAAGAAGCUAUCUCUAGAUCUUCAGGACCAGAGAUGUGUGCUAGAUGAUUUGAGAGAUAACAGGAACACCAUUCUGCCUCGCCUCAGUCUUGAGGAUAAAGAUCUUGUAAAAGAACAGGUGGGGUAUUUGGAGCAACGCUGGAUCCAUUUAGAAAUGCAGGUUCAGCAGAAGAUUCAAGACACGAUGAAAACCCUCGAGGACCUGAACCAUUUAGAGGACCAGCUACGGGAGACCCAAGAGUGGGCUGAAGUUCAGCGACCGUCUGUCUCAGAGGUGCUGAAAACAAGUCCCCCACCGGAUUUGGCUCAGAGCUUUUUGUUUGACCACUUGAGCUUUUGCGCAGAACUGGAGGCCAAGCAGCAGCUUCUGACUCAAGUCGUGUCUGAAGCUGACAGCCUUUCAUCCCAUCUUGGUCUAGAUGAGAGAAGGUCACUGCAGGCUUUGGUGCAGGAAGUGCAGACACUGCUUGGAUCUCUUGGAGCUAAGGCAGCUCAGCACCGCAAAAGCCUUAGUAAGGUGUUCACAGAACGGACGCAGUUCCUCCAGGCUCUGGACAGGGCGACCGGAUGGAUCAAGCAGCAAGAGCAGAGGGUUCUGGCAGAUGAACAUAUAGCACUGUUACCAGAUGAGCUCUCCAAGCAAGUGUCAACUUGCAAGAACAUAUGUAGCACUCUAAGAGCAUACCAAGUGGAACUGACCUCACUUUGGACACAAGGACGGGAGUUGGUGAUGAACGCAACAGAGGAGGAGAAGACAGAGACACUUCAGAGGCUUGAGGAACUGCAGGGAACCUUUGAGAGUUCCCUCCAAAGAUGCACGCAGCACUUGCAGCACCUGGAGAAAGCACUGGUUAUUCGGAAGUAUUUUAAAGUAGACCUGGACCGAGUCUGCGAGUGGUUGAGAGAGGCUGAAGCAGCCGUGUUCCCUGUAAUUGACUUAAGUGGAAGUGAUGAACGACUGCAGAACCAGUUAGAUAAGUACCAGCAGCUUCUGGACCAAACCUCAGCGUAUGAAAACCUCCUGCUGAUUGUCCAGAGGGCAGGACAGGAAAUUCUGCCCACACUAAAUGAGGUGGAUCACUGUUACCUGGAUGAGAAACUGAAUGGCCUUCCGCAACAAUACAAUAAUAUUCUUGUAUCAACCAAAGAGAAGAGAGAAAGGGUGCAGCGCGUGAUUGUGGAGCGCAGAGAAUUCGAAUCUCUGAUAGAAGUGACACACAAGGCUUUGAGGCAGCUUCAGGAGCAAUGUGAUGCCUUAGAGGAGCCACAAACCAGCCAAAGUCUCGAGGGUGGACAAAGACUGCAUAGUGUUUAUUCAGAACUGGAAAAAGGGCUUGCGAAUCUUUUUCAAGCAAUGAAGGAGUUAAGGGGUAAAACUCAGGAUUUCCAAAGCAUGGGGCAGCCAUAUAAACCUGAGGUCGUCGAGCAGCUAGUGAGUCUACACUGUAGACUCAAUCGAGUGACAAAGGACAAAGUUAAGCAGCUAAACAGCACUCUGAAUACAUUAGAAGACUACAACGCUGCAGUUCUCAAAAUGGACAGCAGCAUGAAUGCGAUCAAAGAGAAACUUUGUUCUGAUGAACACACAGAUGCCAUGCAGAGAUUAUCCAGUUUACACAAACUGGCCAAAGAUCUAGAGGACGUUGCUUCUUUUUCAGAAACGUUGACUGGACAGAGAAAGGAACUCGGCCAGCACUUUGAGUCCAAUGCUCUUAAGACUCAGGUAGCCUCUGAGAAGCCACAGCUUCAGGCCUUGAAAUCAAAGAUUUCUGAUUGCAUAAAUGAAUGUGAGAACUCUGUGGUGGAAAGUUGUAGUUUUCAAACUGAAAUCAAAGUAAACUUAAGGUGGCUCAAAACCCUCAGAGAGAAACUCAGAUGCCCAUUAAAUCUCCAGAAAACAAAUGUGGACUUGGUGGAAGAUGAAGUCCGGUCAGUACUGGCUCUCGAAGAUGAAAUGAAGUCUAGGUUAAAGUUAUUGAACGUUUUACGAGAAAAUGAGAAACAAAAGAGCAACACAGAACUGUCGAGCCAUAUUGAGGGUUAUUUGAAGGACAUUGAGAAGUUGGAGACUGAAGUCCGGCAAGCACUCACGGAUAAACAGGCAGCUUUACAGUCAGCACUUUAUUUGCUGCAAACGUACAAGCGUUCCUUGAGGACUACCUGCCAGUGGUUAGGGGAUGCUGAUACUGUCCUAAAGCAGACCAGCGUAAAAUCUGUAGAUUUAGAGGACCUUACAGAAUAUCUUCAAGAAACGGAACGAGUGAUAGAUCAAGAACAGACCUUUAAGGCUGGAGUGCAGGACACUGAGGCUCUGUUCACUCAGAUGGAGGCCUUUUUUGAUUCUGGUGUUAUUGAGGAACUAAAACAGGACCUGGAGACAACUCGUCAAAGAAGCACAAAACUCAUGGAACAGCUGAGACAUCAACAGGAAACUUUGACUAGAUGCUCUGCUCAGUGGAGCGUGUUCCAAAUCGAGAGCGAAGAGUUCAUAAAGCAAAUGAGUGAGAUCGAGAAAAGACUGGAAGGUUUUAGCACUGCUAAAGCUAGCUCGCUUCAGGAGGCAGAGGAUAAACUCCAGUGUCAUCAUACUAUUGUGUUGCAGGUGGAAGCUUUUCAGCACAAACUGACAAAGCUAGAGGAGCACAUCGCUCAGUUUGAUGAGACUGUGUCUGGUGCCAUGGUUUCCCAUUCAGUCUGUGCCAUGCGCUGUCAAUGGACUCAGCUGAACAGUGUAGCUAGAGCACAGGAGAAAGCUCUCAAGGACACUGUACAUGACUGGAGGUGUUUUACGGAAAAGCUGGUGAAGAUGAAGACCGUGUCUGAGGAUCUGCACAGCCGAGUUCCUGACAGCGUGGUGGAGAAAGCAGCCAGUAUGGUCGCCUUAAACAGUCUGUUGGAGUACCACGACUCUUUCAGUCGAGAGGUGGAGAGAGAGAGCAGUGCCCUGACCCUCCUCAAACACCAAGCCCUCAGUCUCCUCCUUCAACCUGUCAGCGCAGGAGUCCACACCCACAGUAACCAAUCGUCCUCACCUAGGCAUCGACCGGCCACACCUACCAACCUGUCAGACACACCCUGCAACAACCAAUCAGACUCGCCCAAAAAUCAACCGGCCACACCUACCAACCUGUCAACCACAUCCUGCAACAACCAAUCAGCCUCACCCAGACAUCAACCAGCCACACCUACCAACCUGUCAACCACAUCCUGCAACAACCAAUCACCCAGACAUCAACCGGCCACACCUACCAACCUGUCAACCACACCCUGCAACAAGCCGGCUUCAUCCUGCAACAACCAGACAACCUCAUGCAGCAACGGAGCAACCUCAUCAGUCCACCAACCAGUCUUACCAAGCAACCAGAUGACCUCACCCAGCAACCAAUCAAAUAUGCCUAGCAUCCAGUUACAUACUUCCAGCAACCAGACAGCCUCAUCUUGUAGCCAAUCAGCCACUCCUUGCAACCUGUUACAUGCUCCUAAUAGCCAAUCAACCUCACCUGGCAACCACAUAAGCAAAUUCAUCAAUGCAGAGGCGCUCUGCCUGCGGGAGAUUCAGCAAAUGCAACAAACGUAUGAGAGUCUGUUACAGCAGGUGUCUGUGAGCCGGCAGCAGGUGCAGUUGGAGCUGCUGGAACGAGAGGAAGUGGAGAGGGAGCUGGGGCUGGUGAAAGGCUGGAUCCAGGACACUCAGGGUCUGCUGCUCAGCCCCACAGCAGACCUGGACACCCUGCUGUCUGACCUGGAGAUGGCUCAUGGUGGCGUGCAGUCUCAGCGGCAAGCCUUGGAGCAGAUUGCAGACCGCCAGCAAAUGAAGUACAAAGACCUCCAUGCUACUCUGCCCUCUGAAAUUAGCACGCAAUUAGCAGAGGUUACUCUGGCACUGGGUUCGGCUGAGGAUCAGGUGCAGACCAGGGAGAGAGAGGUCCAGCACAGCAGGGAUGUUAAAGAAGACUUUAACACCAGGCUUCAGUGCAUCUCUAAAAAAGUCAAUCUUAUCACUUUGAAACUGAAGCAGAAGUCUGUGGAUGUAGAAGAGGCAAAGGAAGAGACUGAGACCCUCUGUGAGGAGCUGGUGCACUGCUCUCACGCUCUGUCUGAGCUGGAUGUGGCUGUGCAGGAGUUUGGGGAGCAGAACCCACUGCUGGCCAGACAGUUGGGUGUCAGUCUUAGCAAGCUGACAGAACUCCACUCUCAGACCAGCCGACUCGCUGAGGGAAAAACUACUCGUCUGAAGAAGGCAGAGCAGCACUUUGAGGAGUUUAAUGAGAUGCUGACCUUAGUCCUGAACUGGACAGAAAAAGCAGAGACUCUUAUCUCAACCAACAUUGUCUGGAGCCCUGCCUCAAUGAUGCAGGAACAAAUCAGAACCCAUCAGGCAUUGCUGAGGGAAUGGAGGAAGCUCCAGGGCGAUAUGGAGGGCCUGGUGGAGAGAGUGGGGCUGCUCGGGGACGUGGUGCAGACUGAAGCUCUUCACCAGCAGGUGGCAGAGCUGAGCCAUCAUGCUGAAGAGCUGCAGCAGCGGGCCAAAUCCCGCUUGCUGAGUCUACAGGAUGCUGCCAAGGAUCUGGGCAGGUUGGAGAGUGAGGUGAAGAGCCUUCAUCAGUCUGUAGAGAGAGUGCAGGAGACCCUGGCUUCACCUGACCUCGCCCGCCUCAGCCUUCGGGAACAGCUGGUCCAAAGACAGCUCCUACUGACAGAAAUGGAGGGUAUUAAAGUGCAGGUGCAGGCUCUGCAGACCUGUAUGAGCAACCUUCAGCUUCCAGAGGAGGCAAUGGCAACCUUACCCCUGUGCGUCACUGCCCAGAAUCUACAGCAAGACAGCAGCCAUCUUCAGCACACUGCCAUACAGCAGUGUAAUAUACUCCAGGAGGCCAUGGUGCAGUAUGAACAAUAUGAACAGGAAGUGAAGAAUCUACAGAAGCUGAUCGAAGAAGCUCAUCGCGUUAUUCAGGACCGCCCUGUUGCUACGGGCAACAUACAGGAACUUCAGACGCAGAUACAGCAUCAUGAGGAGCUGGCCCAGAAGAUAAAAGGCUACCAGGAGCAGAUAGCCGCCCUCAACUCCAAGUGCAAGAUGCUGACAGUGAAAGCCAAGCAUGCAACCAUGCUCCUGACGGUCAGCGAGGUGGACGGACUCUCGGAUGACCUGGAGGAGCUGGAGGAGGAGGAGGUGGAGAUGUCCAAACACCCGGCAACACACCCCUCUGUGGUCAUGAUGACUGCGGGCCGCUGUCAUACCCUGCUCUCCCCGGUAACGGAAGAGUCUGGUGAAGAGGGCACCAACAGUGAGGUAUCCUCUCCUCCGGCCUGCCGCUCCCCUUCCCCUGGGCCUAAUGCUGACGCAUCCCUUAACCAGGUUCCUGGAAGAGCCCUAUUAAGCAGGGCUCCUUUACAGGAGCUUUAUGAUCCCUCCAUGGAGUCCAGUGCCUCAGCUAACCUGGACGACUUGCAGCGCUCAUGGGAAACUCUGAAGAAUGUGAUCAGUGAAAAGCAGAAGAGUCUGUACGAGGCUCUGGAGAGACAGCAGCACUACCAAGAGGCCCUCCAGUCCGUCUCCACCAAGAUGGAGUCUAUCGAGACCUCGCUCAACGAGGGCUUAGAACCUGGCAAGAGCCCCGAGAGCCAGAUGGCGGCUCACCAGGCCCUGAUGGACGAGAUCCUGAUGCUGCAGGAUGAGAUCAGUGCUCUGCAGGCCUGCUUCUCUGAAGAGCUGCAGCGGGAUGAAGAGAGUCCAGAGCAGGACGUGGGAGACCAGCUGGCCCUGCACUCCACUCUCACAGUACUGGGGGAACGCAUGGCCACCAUCCGAAUGAAAGCCUCUGGCAAACGUCAGCUGCUGGAGGAGCGUCUGAGUGAGCAGCUAGAAGAACAGAGACAGGAACAGGCCCUGCAGCGUUACCACAGUGAAGCAGAGGAGCUCGACCAUUGGCUGCUGAGCACUCGGGCCUCACUUACCUCUGCACUACAGCCAAAUGCAGAGGAUAUGGACAUGGAGGAACAGCUCAUUGACUGUCAGAACAUGCUGAUGGAGAUCGAGCAGAAGGUGCUGUGUCUGUCUGAGCUGUCGGUGCACAGCGAGAGUCUGCUGCUGGAAGGGAAAGUCGGCAUGCGGGGAGACGCCGAACAGCUCACCCUCAAACUGCACGGCCUCAAAUCCAGCCUGCUGGAGCUGCAGCGCAUCCUGCAGGACAAGCACACACACAUACAGGGUUCAUUGCUGGAGCAGGAGGACAGUGAGCCGGACUCAUCGCUCUCCCAGAGCCCCAGUGUGAUGGACUGGCUCAGUCAGGCCCGCUCUACCCGCAGCCAGCAGCACCAGGACACUGUGCAGAGGCAGAGGGAAUUGGAGGCCCAGAUGGAGGAGCAGAGAAAGUUGGUGCAGUCCGUCGCAUGCCGAGGGGAGGAGCUUCUGUCACAGAGAACCACACCCAAUGGAGAAAGUGCUGGAGACCUGCAGGACUCGACAGAGCAUUCUGAGAGUGGGAGCGCACAGAACCACAUGAGUGUGAAGUGGGACAACCUGAGCACAGACCUGAACGCCAAGCUGCAGCUUUUACUCAACACCAUACAACAGGAACAGCUUAGCUUGGUUUACCAGCGAUCAAGAGUGUCAAGCCCAGGGGGUAUUUUCAGAGGAGAGCAAUUAACGCAGGACGGCCUCUCGCCAAGAACGCUAUUUGAGACUUUUAGUGAAGAACUGGAGGAACUUUCCAAGGAAGGGGGAGCUAACAAUAAACAGAGCCAGGCUUUGGAGACUACUCUCUAUGAGGCUGUUUCUUCAGCUUCAGUCUGGCUGGACAGUGCAGAAAACACACUGCUGUCCGGACCCAUGCUUCUGUCUGACGAUUCAGAGAUUCAGCUCUGCCAUCUAGAGUGUUUGAAUAAGGAGGUGAAGAACGUUAGUGAGGAGGUGUCUAAAUGUCGGGAGGCGAUGGGAGGAGAUGCUGAGAGCAUGUGGGGUGGAGAAGGAGAUGGAGGAGGUCAUGACUUGAUUGAGGAGGUGCUGGAUGGGUUGGAGGAAAGACUGAGAUUGGUGGAUUCAUUGCUGGAUCAGAGAUGUGACAGUAUUCGGGACAGAGUGCAGGAACACGUCACUUUCCAGACUGAACUGAGGUUGUUAUUUGCUGCUAUGAGUGACUCAAAACAGCAGCUGCUGCAGAAGAUGUCUGGAGCUGUGGACCGCCCAGCCUCAAAACAGAUGGAGACUCUGGCAGAAGCUGAAGACGGUCUGAGAGAAUUUGAGCAGAGAGUUUGUGAGAUGAGAGGUAGAGGAGAAACACUGCAGCAAGACCCUGUUUCCACACAGGAGCUGCUUAAACUGCAGGAUGUGUAUGAGGAGCUGGUUGAGAUGGUAGGCUCGCGGCGCAGCAGUCUGAACCAGACCCUGGUUUUAAAGGCACAGUAUGAGAAAGCCCUGCAGGACCUGCAGGAAUUAGUUGACACAGCCCAUGACAAGAUGGCUGCUGAUCAGAAGAUGACCGUAGGUUCAGUCCUGGAGGUUCAGAUACUCCUGGAUAAGCAUAAGGAGUUUUUCCAGGGCCUGGAGGCUCAUGUGGUGCUGACCCAGGCUUUCUUUAGGCAGGUCAGUGGGGUGGUGGUACAGAGAGAGGCGCAGGCUUUGGAGCAGACUGUAGCUCAGGCUCAGACUGUGCUCAAACAGGCCCACAGGAGAGGAGUGGAGCUAGAAGGAAUCCUUGAGGCAUGGAGCAGGUUUGUGGGAGAUUAUCAGGCUGUUUACAGACAACUGGAGGCAGUGGAGAGCAGCAUUCCCAGUGUGGGACUGGUGGAGGAGACAGAGGAACGACUCACGGAAAGAAUUGCACUUUACCAGCGUCUGAAGAGCAGUCUUGCAGAGCGGCAGCAGCAGCUGUAUGAGGUUUUGGAGGAUGGGAAGAAGCUGUUGCUCAGUGUUUGUUGCUCAGAGCUGGAGGCCCAGCUCACUCAGCUGGGAGAGCACUGGCUCUGCUGCAGCACCAAAGUCAAUAAAGAGCUGCAUCGCCUGGACUCCACCCUCAAACACUGGACCAGCUAUCAGAGUGAUUCUGCAGAGCUGGGUCAGUGGCUGGCUUCAGCUUUAGACCGACUUGAGUUUUGGAGCACUCAGUCUGUUACUGUCCCUCAGGAAUUGGAGACUGUCCGAGACCACCUCCAUGCUUUUCUGGAAUUCUCUAAAGAGGUUGAUGCCAAAUCGUCCCUGCGCUCGUCUGUUCUGAGUCGAGGCAACCAGCUGCUCAGACUAAAGAGGGUGGACACAGCAGCCCUCAGAUCUCACUUGGGCCAGGUGGAAACACAGUGGGCUGAUCUGCUUACACGCAUUCCUGUCGUACAGGAGAAGCUUCACCAGCUGCAGAUGGAGAAGCUAGCAUCUCGCCACGCAAUUACAGAGCUAAUGAGCUGGAUUUCUCUCAUGGAAAACAUCAUACAGGAGGACCAGAGCAAGAUCAUGGAGGCUGUGGGUUCAGAGGUGGUGCAGACAUACAUCCAAAAAUACAAGGGAUUUCGGAUUGACUUGUCCUGUAAGCAGUUGACAGUGGAUUUUGUGAACCAGUCAGUGCUUCAGAUGAGCAGUCAGGAUGUGGAAGGAAAGCGCAGUGAUAAGACGGACUUUGCUGAACGGUUGGGAGCCAUGAACCGGCGCUGGCAGAUACUGCAGGGGCUCAUUACUGAAAAGAUCCAGCUGUUGGAAGGUCUUCUUGAGAGCUGGUUGGAAUAUGAAAAUGGAGUGCAGGCACUAAAAACGUGGAUUAGUAUGCAGGAGGAAAAGACUAAGAGGAAACCAAGAAUAGAGGAUGUAGCGUCAGCUCAGAAUGCACUGAAAGAUUGUCGGGAGUUGGAGGAAUUGUUGAAGGAGAAGGAGAAGGAGCUGGAGAAAGUGGAGGAAAAAGGACGUGUGCUCGUCCAGGACAAGAAAGGAGAAGCCUCAUCGGUUGUUAUGGAAACCUUGAAAGGACUUAACCAGUCUUGGAUCAAUUUGGACCAAAUGAUCGGCCAGACUAAAGUGAGUUUGCGGGCGGUGCUAGAACAGUGGAGCUUGUAUAAGCGGGCGUGUGAAGAAAUUCAUGGUUAUCUGAUGGAAGGCCGCUACUCCAUCUCCCGCCUCCAUCUCCUUACCGGCUCUCCAGAAGCUGUGCUUGUACAAGUGGAGAAUCUGGAGAAUCUCCAAGAGGAGCUGGACAGGCAGGAGAGCAGUCUGAAGAAGUUUGGCUCUCUCACUGAGCAGUUGCUGAAAGACAGUCACCCCUCUGUGGCCGACUCCCUGAACACAGCCCUCAGCGAUGUCAACCACAGAUGGAACACACUGCUGGAGCAGAUCUCAGAACAGCUGAGGAACAGUAAGAGUCUGCUGCAGCUCUGGCAGCACUACAAGCAGCUUCAUGAACACAACAGCAAAGACGUUCAGAGGCUGGAGGAGAGGGCAGAGCGCUUACUCAACAGUGCCGCCCACAGGGAGAUCACAGAGGAGGAGGUGAAGACCUGGAUCCGUGACUGCAGUGACUUGCUGAAAACUCAUGGCUCAGUCCAGGGAACCCUGCAGCAGCUGACCGAGGUCGAAGAACAGCUGAGGCUGCAGGUCGAGCCAUCAGCAAUGGCCACUUUCCACACAGACUACCUGUCACUCAAUCAGCGCCUAGCAACAGUUGGUCAUGGACUUCACAGACAGCAGUCUUUGCUGGAAGCUGGCAUGAAGGACUAUGAGAGCUUCACAGAUGAGUUGGACUCUCUAAGCCGGUGUCCAGAGGAGGCAGAAGAGGUUCUGAAGGUGUCAGAUCCAGCAGUAUCAGCAGAGCUGUUCUGUCUGCAAGAACGCAUGGAUAAACUCAAGACCCAGAUGCUGAAACUGAGCCGCCUGUCGCCUGAUCUGGAGCAUUUGAAUGGCCUAGGGUACAGACUUCCUCUAAAUGAUCAGGAGAUGAUACGGCUCCAGAACCUGAACAGGACCUGGGCCUCGUGUUCUGCACACACCACAGAGAGGUUCAGUAAGCUGCAGGCCGCGGUGCUGCAGAGGCAGAGCUUCCUGGAGAAGUGUGAGGCGUGGCUGACCUUUCUCACACAGACAGAGGAAAAGCUGGCUGCUGAAAUCUCAGGAAAUUACCAGAGCUUGUUGGAGCAGCAGAGAGAGCAUGAGCUGUUCCAGGCAGAGAUGUUCAGUCGGCAGCAGAUUCUUUAUUCCAUUAUCAGUGACGGCCAUCAGCUGCUAAAUCAGGGGCAAGUGGAAGACAGAGAUGACUUUGGGCUGAAAUUGGCAUUGCUGAGUAACCAGUGGCAGGGAGUGGUGCGACGAGCUCAGCAGAGACGGGGUAUAAUUGACGGUUUGGUGUGUCAGUGGCAGCGCUACACUGAGCUGGCGGAGAAGCUUAGGCACUGGCUGAAGGAGGUUCAGGAGCCUGAAGAGCAGCAGGAGGGAGGAACUGUGACUCUGCAGCAGGCUAGAGGAAUACUCGACCACAUACAGCUGAAGGAACGGGUGCUGCAGAGGCAGCAGGGCAGCUAUGUCCUGGCAGUGGAGGCAGGAAGGCAACUGCUUCUGUCUGCUGAUGCUCGUGCUGAAGCCCUGCUGCAGUCUGAGCUCACAGACCUGCAGGAACGCUGGAGGAGCACCAGCAUCCGUCUGGAUGAGAGGAAAAAAGAGCUUCUCUCCCUGUUAAAGGACUGGGAGCACUGUGAGAAAGGAAUUGCUGCGUCACAUGAGAAGCUCAGGGCAUUCAAGAGAAAGCUCUCUCUGGCCUUACCUGAUCACCAUGAGGAGCUGCACAACGAGCAGAUCCGCUGCAAGGAGUUAGAGGGCAGUACAGAAGGCUGGACUGAUGAUGUGACCGGCCUGUGUGUGCUCAGAGAUGCUCUCUCCAGCAACCUGAGCUCUGAUGAUCUUACAGUUCUACAGGAGAGACUGGAACUGCUGCAGAGACAGUGGGAGGAGACAUGCCACCAGCUGGCUCUGCGUAGGCAGCAGGUGAGUGAGAAGCUAAACGAGUGGGCUGUGUUCAAUGAGAAGAAUAAGGAGCUGUGUGAGUGGCUCACACACAUGGAGAGCAAAGUCUCCCAGAAUGGAGACAUCACCAUCGAGGAGAUGAUCGAGAAACUCAGAAAGGACUAUCAGGAGGAGAUUUCUGUGGCCGAGGAGAAUAAGCAGCAGCUGGAGCAGAUGGGGGAGAGACUGGCCCGGUCCAGCCAUGAGAGCAAGGCUGCAGAGAUCCAGUACAAACUCAGCAAAGUCAACGAGCGCUGGCAGCACCUGCUCGACCUCAUCGCAGCCAGGGUGAAGAAGCUGAGGGAGACCCUGGUGGCUGUGCAGCAGUUGGAUAAAAACAUGAGCAGUCUGCGCUCAUGGCUGGCUCACAUCGAGACUGAGCUCUCUCGACCCAUAGUGUACGAGACCUGCGACACGAACGAGAUCCAGAAGAAACUCAACCAGCAGCAGGAUAUGCAGAGGGACAUUGAGAAGCACAGCACUGGUGUGGCAUCUGUGUUAAACCUGUGUGAGGUUCUACUACACGACUGUGAUGCCUGUGCCACAGAGACAGAGUGUGACUCCAUCCAGCAGGCCACACGAGGCCUGGACCGCCGCUGGAGGAACAUCUGCGCUGUGGCCAUGGAGAGGAGGCUCAAAAUUGAGGAGACAUGGAGAUUGUGGCAGAAGUUCCUGGAUGAUUAUUCCCGCUUUGAAGACUGGCUGAAGGCAUCCGAGAGGACAGCAGCUCUGCCCAACUCUUCAGGCGUUCUCUACACCAUUGCCAAAGAGGAGCUCAAGAAGUUUGAGGCGUUCCAGAGGCAGGUUCAGGAGUGUUUGACUCAGCUGGAGCUAAUCAACAAGCAGUACCGGCGGCUGGCCCGCGAGAACCGCACAGACUCUUCCUGCCGACUACGCCAAAUGGUGCAUGAUGGGAACCGACGCUGGGACACCCUGCAGAGAAGGGUUACGGCCAUCCUGCGUAGGCUAAAGCACUUCAUUAGCCAGCGUGAGGAGUUUGAGACAGCCAGAGACAGCAUUCUGGUGUGGCUGACUGAAAUGGAUCUGCAACUUACCAACAUAGAGCACUUCUCAGAGUGUGACGUCCAGGCUAAGAUCAAACAGCUGAAGGCAUUCCAGCAGGAGAUUGAGCUGAACACAAUGAAGAUCGGGAGUGUGUUCAGCCAGGGUGAGGCUCUGAUGGAGAAGAGUGAGCCUCUGGAUGCUGCUGUUAUAGAAGAGGAGCUGGAUGAGCUGCAGAGAUACUGCAGGGAGGUGUUUGGCCGCGUUGAACGCUACUACAGGAAACUCACACGUCUGCCGCUGGUCGAUGAUGAUUGUGACGGUUCAGAUCGGGAGUUUGACCUGGACGGCUCAGGUGAUCUUUCUGAUCUCCAGUGGGAAGAGAGCAACUCCUUGCCGCGCUCCAACAACAGCAGACCACCUUCAGUUAAUGCAGCUCCUCUACGUGCCAAUGGCUCUGGCCGAGACACUCCAGCCAGCGUGGACUCCAUUCCCCUGGAGUGGGACCACGACUACGACCUGGAGCCCAUGAGUCAUUCCAUCUCAUCUGAUAAGAGGGGGAGGGAUGGAGAAGAGGAUGAAGAUAUCCUCUGUGGUUCCACUGCAGCUCUUACAGACGUAGUGAUUCCUGAGAGCCCCGAGGCUUAUAUAAAACUGACUGAAAACACACUGAGGUCUUCCUCUGGUGAAACAGCUCGCAAUAUCCUGGACUGCCACAGUCACAACACCUCAUACAUUGGUUAUAUGCGGUUGAUGGGAGACUGCCGGGGCAGUCUAGAUGCUGUGAAAAGAGCAGAGGGAGAGCUGGAGGAGGAAGAGGAUGACCUGUCUGGACUCAAAAACCCAGAAAACACAGACACACAAAACGCAGGUGUGAUUGCACGCUGGGAGCUGAUGCAGGCUCAGUCACACAGCUCUCAAAACAGCCAGAGAGAAGACCUAGUACUCCUGCAACAGAUCACCUCUGACCUGGAGGCUAUGGAGGCGUGGUUUAACAAGACAGAGAACGAGCUGACCGAGCUGAGGGGGAAGGACCUGAGCACGGAUAUACGCACAAUCAAGGAGAGGAUCAGGAAACUCAAGGAGCUACAGAAGGAGGUGGAUGCCCAUAAGUCCAAAAUCUUGUCCUUGAACUUGAGCAGCGUUGGGCUCCUCCAGUCAGAUUCAGAGGAGAGCAGGAAGCUGCGGGAGAGGCUGAAGGAGAUGAACUCGCGCUGGGAUCGACUGGGAAAAGCACUGCAGCAGUGGAGAGGAGCUUUGCAGGAGGCUCUUAUGCAAUGCCAGGAGUUCCAUGAGCUCAGUCACGGCCUUCUGCUCUGGCUGGAGAACAUCGACCGCAGGAGGAAUGAGAUUGUUCCCAUUUCAUCAGGACUGGACCGUCACACACUCCGAGCCCAUUACAGAGCACUUGAGCAAAUCCAGCAGGAGCUUGUGGAUUCGGAGCAGAGGGUGAGCGUCCUGCAGGACCUCUCUGUCCACCUACUGGUUCAGGCGCAGGGCAGUGAGUGUCUGGAGGCCCAGGAGAGGGUGCAUGUCAUCGGUAAUCGUCUCCGCCUGCUUCUCAAGGCCGUGGCCUCUGAUCUGCAACUGCUUGAGCGAGAGCUCCGAAGCUUGGGAGAUACACAGGAUCUUUCCGCUUGGUCUCUGGCUGAUGAUGUGGAAACUUCUGGAUCUGCCAGUCCUGUGUCUGUGGUGAAUGUUCCUGUUCAGCAGCAUCCGCUACGGGGCAAAUGUAUUGUGUCAGAAGCAGGAUCCUCAGCCAGCCGCCCGCACCGCAGGUCCCGCGGGGGCUCUGCCUGCGCUUCCUCUCGCUCUGGUACGUCAGGGCCUCGAGGUGGCGCUGCUGCGGGUCGCUGCCAGUCCUUCCUGCUGCGGGUCCUGCGAGCGGCUCUGCCUCUACAGCUCCUGCUGCUGCUCAUCGUGGGCUUAGCGUGUCUGGUGCCCAUGACUGAGGAGGACUACAGCUGCGCCCACGCCAACAACUUCGCCCGCUCCUUCCACCCCAUGCUCCGCUACACCAACGGCCCUCCGCCCAUAUGAGCCGCCUGUUACCCUUCAUUUAGACUUUCUUCAGGAUCCAGCGAGAGAGGAUCCACAUAGACUGAUAGAACGACUGUUUGGUAGCCAAAGUUGAUUUAUUCUUGUACAGUUAAACACCGCUGCUAUUUUGAUUUUUCUAUUAUUAUUAUUAUUAUUAUUAUUAUUAUUAUUAUUAUUAUUAUUAUUAUUAUUAAAUUAUUCAUUGCAAUCAAAAUGUAAUGAGGCUCUCCUGAAGGCAGGUAUGACCUGUAGGAGUAUAAACAGCGAGGCCUGAUUUAGAACUUCUCUCCUGUCCCUCAUGAAUCACAGGGACAGUGAAGAGUGAAUAUGAUGUUUGCUACAGCACUGACUUGAGCUCAUUUCAAGGUACUGCACUUAAACCGUCCAACAUUAUAGCCAAUGUUGUUUGCUUAAUCUGAGAAAAUUAUUUUUUCAUUUAAAAGUUUUAUUUAAAACAAACAGAGAAGGAAUUUCACUUAAAGUGAAUUUAGUUUAUUAAAUAUGGUGUUAUAUUUUAUUUAAUUUUUUUUACGGCAUGCGGUUACUGCAUUAUGUUUUUAAGACACGCCAAACAAUCAAUGAUAGUGUUGCUGGUCUACGAGAGACCUAAUGUUUUUUUUAAGCUUAGGCAAUUAUUACUGAGUAGAUCAAUAGGUUGUUAAAAUGUAUAAAACUAAACCAAGUAUGAAAUUGUCAGUGCUUAUUUAUGUAUGUACAGUUUGCUAAUGCUGACAGUUGGAAAAAAAGAUGUCUUUCCAUUUAAUAUAUAAUACUAAAUAUAACUUUGGGUCAAUCUGUUUUUUUAAUGUUUGUGUGAGCUAAGGAACCAGUAUGUUAUGAACGAAUGUGUUGGUUUGUUUACUGACUUUAUUUUUUAUGGUCCCAUAAAAACAAUCAUUUCCAUCA